AUGAUGUCCUGUAGCCGCCGCCUCACAUCUCUGGCAUCUAUCCGCCCAUUUGCUGUCCGUGCUUACUCUUCCACUGUGCCCCGUCUGCACGAGAACCGCAUGCAACCUAAUGACCCCUCUCCGCCAGCCAAGAAGCCCAGUGUCUCUGUGUCUGAUGCCCCGGCCAAGUUCACUGCCCCAGUUGCCGACCUGCUGAACAUGGACAACACCUAUGUCGAGGACCCUGCCGUUGGCGAGCAAAUCCGUACCCUCCAGGCCCCGAACCGAUCUACCACCUGGGCUGCCAGCCAACAGCCUCGUGAGGAGGCCAUGACUGGUCCCCGUUUCGAGCAAACUAUCAUGGAGACUCAGCCUCGGCCCUUGGCUGCCAUUGAGCUCAUUCACAAGCAACCUGUCCGAUGGACCAAGUCCAGAGUUGUCAGCUGUGACGGUGGUGGUGGUCCCCUUGGUCACCCCAAGGUCUUCAUCAACACCGACAAGCCCGAGAUUGCGACCUGCGGCUACUGCGGUCUGCCCUUCGCCCAAGAAAAGCACAAAGCCUACCUUAAGUCCCUGCCUGCUACCAGCUACCCCCUCGAGCCCACCGGCCACCCAGCUGAAGUGAACGAGUCCCAGCGUGUUCCCCCCGCCACCGGUGGUUUGGAGCAGCGGUAA